AUGCUCUCCGGCUCCUGCUUGUGCGGUGACAUUAGCUACACCAUCUCCGGUGAAGUGUUGACCAAGGCCAUAUGCCAUUGUCUCACGUGCCGCAAGCUCUCUGGGAGCAGCUACACGACAUGCUUCCUCAUCCGGGAUCCUGACAGCGGGCCCGAAGCUGCAGCACAAUUCAAGCUCCAAUCCAAAACAGACGCCCCUCUGCGUGAAAGCUCAACCAUUCAUGAAACUGGGGUCAAGAUUAAUUUCUUCGGCUGCGCCAAGUGUCCGAGCAUCAUAUACAAAACUGCCCCCGAAGGAUUUCCGGGCGUGAUAAUCAUGUUCGCGGGCUCUCUGGACGGCGACGAAGGAGAUCUCAGAGCGAAGGGAGGUGCGGAAGGGCUCGGUAGCCCAGAGGCCGAGUUGUGGGUCAAGUAUCGUCUUCCAUGGGUCAAAGAGUUGGACGGGGCAAAGCAGUGUCAGCAAUUUGAAUAG